GUUUAAAGUUUGAGUUUAAAUCAUUUGUUUGGUUUCAUAAACAGACAGGCUUGUGUCUGUCAUAAAGAUAUGAAGCUUAUGCCCCACUGGCAGAGGAGUUUAAAAUUAAUCUUUCUCUUCAUUGGUCAGCUGUCUUCAAAGCCUUUUUAGGGUUUGAACUUGCCAACAGGGGUAGAGCUAGUGUAGAGCUCAAAUGUGAAACAGACCACACCAAGGGACCAGCCAUGUCAAUAUCACAGAUAACACCAACUCUCUUCCUGAGUGGGGCUGAUGCUCCUUUGAAUCAGGCACUUAUGACCCGCAAAGGCAUUACACUGAUCGUGAACGUGACCCUAUCCCACACCUGCCCUAUCUACCCAGGUGUGGAGUGCAUACGUGUUGCAGUAUCCGACCUCCCAAAUGCCCGUCUAAGUGAUCAUUUUGACCACGUUGCAGCUCGAAUCCAUAGUAACAGAUCUGGAGGAACCCUAGUGCACUGCGCUGCGGGCAUGAGUCGCUCACCUGCUCUAAUAAUGGCCUACCUCAUGAAGUACAAAGGAGUGACUCUGCGACAGGCACAUAACUGCGUUAAAGACAGCAGACCUUAUAUAUGCAUUAAUGCAGGAUUCUGGACCCAACUUCUGGACUAUGAGAAGAAACUCUAUGGUAAGAAUACUGUAAAGGUGGCUGAACCACUGGAUCCACUGCCAACUCCUAAAACACCAAAACUACCUUCCAAGUACAGCAUGAGACGAUGUCCUCCUUCGCCAAGGCUGAGCCGACUUAGAAGAUUCACCUCCUUGGCUCUUUAAUCAACAACAGCAAACUGAUCUUUUGCCAAACGUGGACUUGAAAUUUCUAUUUACAUACUGUAAGCACAAUGAAAAAUUUCUUAACCAUCAUUUCAAAUAAGGAUCAACAAGAUCCAUUCAGUAAAAGAAAGUACUUCAACAUGACUGUUUUGUUUUUCCACUAGCAUGUGAUUUUAAGAGGCUUUUAACCAUUUCCUCUUGGCUUAAUGCAGUUCACUUUCAAGGAUGUUUAUUGUUUAUUCAUUUUUGAUGUGGCCUGGCUGUAAUUCUGGGAAUAAAAAAAUCUUGAAACUUAGUAUGCAUUAUUUAACCAACAGAGGACACUGUUGUAGCAUUAAACUCACACCAUAGAAGAAACCCAGGGCUAAUAAAAGGCUCAAUGGAAAUUGAGAGGUUAAUGUUGAAUACCUUUAUCUCAGUUGUCUAAAUCUACUUGAAUUUCUACAGUAUGAUGUGCAUGAGAUAAAGACUCUGCACCUCAAUUCAUUUUAAACUUUUUUUUACUUUCAAACAAGGCAAAUAUUUGAAAAGUUUUUAAUUGCCUCACUUCAAUUCAUAAAAUUAAUUUAAAAAGCAUUCUUGGUUCAUCUCUAAACUGACACAG